ACGCCCGGGGCCAUGCAGCACAGCUCCAUCCACUGGUUUCGGAAAGGUCUCCGGCUGCACGACAACCCAGCGCUGCUGGCGGCAGCUACCGACUGCUGCCGCCUUCAUCCCCUCUUCAUCCUCGACCCCUCCAGUAGCCGGGUGGGCGCUAACGCCUGGCGGUUCCUCCUCGAUGCUCUGCGGGACUUGGAUGGGAGACUGCGGGAAAUGGGCUCCAGGCUGUUCGUGGUGCGGGGCUGCCCGGAGGAGGUGUUCCCCCAUCUCUUCCAUGCCUGGGGGACGACACGGUUGACCUUCGAGGUGGACACCGAACCCUCCGCCCGCCAGCGCGACACCGCUGUGGCCAAGCUGGCGGCCCAGCACGGCGUGGAGGUGGUCCGGGAGGUGUCCCAUACCCUCUACGACACUGAAAGAAUCCUCGCGUUGAACGAUGGCAAAGCUCCCCUGACCUACAAGCGCCUGCAGAGCCUCCUGGCGUCCCUCGGACCCCCCGAGAAGCCAGCCCCGGCGCUCAUGCAGGAACAUCUCCGAGGCUGCUGCACCCCGUGCCAGGUCAGCCAUGACAUCGACUAUGGGGUCCCCACCUUGGAGGAGCUGGGCCAGGACCCCACCAAGGUGGGUCCUCACCUCUACCCCGGCGGGGAGACAGCGGCGCUCGCCCGGCUCGAUGUGCACAUGGAGAGGACGGCCUGGGUGUGUGGCUUCAAGAAGCCCGAGACGGAGCCCACCUCGCUGAGCCCCAGCACCACCGUCCUCAGCCCCUACCUCAAAUUCGGCUGCCUGUCGGUUCGCACCUUCUGGUGGCGGCUGGACGAGGUCUACCAAGGGCGCAAGCACUCCCAGCCCCCCGUCUCCUUGCACGGGCAGCUCCUCUGGAGGGAGUUUUUCUACACCGCCAGUGCCAGCAUCCCAAAUUUUGACCGGAUGGUCGGCAACCCCGUCUGCCUGCAGGUCGACUGGGAUGACAACCCCCAGCAUCUCCGCGCCUGGAGGGAGGGCCAGACAGGCUACCCCUUCAUCGAUGCCAUCAUGACCCAGCUGCGUUCCGAGGGCUGGAUCCACCACCUUGCUCGGCACGCCGUUGCCUGCUUCCUCACCCGUGGGGACCUCUGGGUCUCCUGGGAAGAGGGGCUGAAGGUCUUUGAGGAGCUCCUGCUAGAUGCAGACUGGUCCCUCAACGCCGGCAACUGGCUGUGGCUGUCAGGAAGUGCCUUCUUCCACCGAUAUUUCCAUGUCUACUCGCCCAUCGCAUUCGGCAAGAAGACUGAUCGGGACGGGGCAUACAUUCGAAAAUACCUUCCCAUCCUCAAAGAUUUCCCCGCUGAGUACAUCUACGAGCCCUGGAAGGCGCCACGGUCCGUGCAGGAGCGGGCAGGCUGCCUGGUGGGCACACACUACCCCCGGCCCAUCGUGGAGCACAGAGCGGCAAGCGAGAGGAACAUGGGGCGCAUGAAGGCAGCCCGUGGACAGAGAGGUAACGAAUCCCCCCAAAAGCACCAAGCUCCCUCCACUGCCCUGCUGCCACCCCGGCUGCAUUCCUCUCCUCCAGGUACCAAGCGGGAGCCACCAGCCGGCCCUUCGUCAGCCAAAUCACAAAGGAAAAAGCCCAAGGUCGAACAGCGCUGAGCCUCCCGGGGACCCCCAGGCAGCUGUCAGCCGUGGGUCAGGCACCACUUGUCCCGUUUUGACACAUUUUGCUCAACUGCCUCCCUUAAUUAAUCCCUUCCCCUCUCCCACCCUGGGGCUGAUGACUUUGCUGCUGCCACCACCCCAAAAAUCAACUCCCCAAACAAGGACGUGCCCCGAAGGCAAACACCACCCCAAGUCCCCAAGGGGCAACACCCCACCGGAUCGACCUCCACCCCUGCCUUAGCUAGAACAUAAUCAUUAUUAAAGGCAGCAGAGUAAUUAAGAAAGCACAGCUUGAUUCACAAC